GUUUUGACAGUCCCACAAAAGAUUACACAAUCCUGCCCGACGGGAAUUUCCGAGAGGUGGCCUACUUAAAGGAGUGAUCGCCAAGUGGCGCUUGUCACACUCUCUCUGAUCGCCUUCAGGUGUUACACCUUUUCAGCGUCAGACACAGAAAGGCAGAGUGAACGCUCUGAGUUGGCUCAUCAACCAUGGCAAGCAGAAAAACGUGUCUCAUGGUAGCUCUGUGCUCCCUCGUCAUUAUCAUCAACCUUUUUGACAGCGCACAAUCAGCGAGCUGCUGCCUGAGGUACUCCAAGCGUCAGCCUCCUUGCAAACGGAUUCUGGGUUACACCAUCCAGAGCAUCAAUAACGCCUGUGACAUCAACGCCAUCAUUUUUCAUGCUCCGGGAAGGUUUGUGUGUGCCGACCCAUCAAAGCCGUUGACCCAGAAAGUGAUGAAGUGUCUUGAUGAAAUGAACAGGAAGACCAACAACAACAAAAAAUCCUAACAACAACACAUCCGCUUAAACUCUCUUUAAGUGUUCUUAUCUGCACUAAUAUUAUCAUAAUAGUAAUUAUACACAUAAAUAUAAUUUGUUGUGUGACCUUUCCUUAUAUUUGUUCUGUUUUAUAAACAGGGAAGAGUAGUAUUCUUAAUACAUGUGUGAGCUAUAAGCUAUAGUGCUUCAACAAAAAAAAACUUGUGCUUUUUUUAAAGUAAUGCAAAAUAUCAUUAUUUUGUAAUAUGUGUUAUUGUUUGAUUUAUUUUCUGAAGAAGAUGAAAUAUAAAA